GUUGGAAAUCUCCAAAACACAAGAAAUGGCCAUCCAACAAAUUACGCAUGCGCUCUAGUCGGCGCUUUAAAACAAGUCUUGAGGAGGGAACAUGAAGGCACUGCAGGCUUCAUUCGAGCCGCAAACUUUACAUGGGAAGUAGCUGCGGAUAAACUGCACCGCUGAGACUCCUGCAGGAUGGGAAGUCGUUGUGCUCGUCAUGACUCUGAGACCCACAUUGUUUCCAAAUACAGGAUUCAGGCAAAACGUUAACACAAUAAACUUUGAAAAAACGCACUUUGGGGUUGCCACUGUGAGUCCUGUAAGCAUCAAAAGGGAGCCCUGCGACUUUGCUAUAGAUGUUGAAGGCGUACAAAGGGGGGAGAUCCCAAGUAAAUCAAAGGACUUAGAGCAGAAUUACAUGACAAGCAAAGUUGCCCUCGCUGCCACAGUUAGAGAAAUAGUUCAAAGAGAUAAAACUGUGGGGAUAUUGUCCCCUGUCAGACCAAUGGGGGGUGAGGGAACCCCAGUGAAAGGUAAACCCCUCUCUGUUGACAAUAUGGAUAAUCCUCAGAUGACUGUAAACAAUAAUCCUAAGGAUGCUGGUGGUGAUGAUAGUGCGAAGGGGGUUGUCCCUGGAGUCCUUGGCACUGCAUCCAUUGAACUCUCUUCUGAGGGCAAGUGGAGGAACAUUAGGAAAACCCCUGCCAAUCCCCACACACAAGCUAACUGCCUCCGCCAGAUUCUUCUCCUCCAGCUGGAUCUCAUUGAACAACAGCAACAACAGCUGCAGUCCAAGGACAAGGAGAUAGAUGAGCUCAAAGCAGAUAAGGAGACACUACUUGCACGCAUCGAGCGUAUGGAGCGCCGCCUCCAGCUCACACGUAAGGAUGUGCCCCGUGACAAGCGCCUUUUCCAGCCCCUGGAGCCAUGGACCCCUGAUAAAGAGGACAUAUGGGAUCUGGACAUAGAGGAGAGUCCACAGCCUAACCAAGCCACUCCCCUACAAUUCAGCCGGGGUGGCAAAGGUCAAAAAAGGAAAUCUUGCUUUGGAGAUGCAAAAGCUCAGAAAUCUCAGGGUAAAAGUGCAAAACUUAGUCCCCAGAAGUGUGAAAUCGAGCCUGGGUUUCCCAACCAAAGAGGGCUGCGCAGUAAGGAAACCCCAGAGAAGAAUGUUCCAGUGAGGUCGGGGGUAGAAAGGGACAGUUUGCUCCCAUGCAAAGAGGAGCCUGAGCUGAGCUGUCAGAUGGAGGAUCUGCCCUUCAUGUCUACUACAGAAAUGUAUCUGUGUUGCUGGAACCAACCUCCUCUAUCCCCUCUGCGUGAGACUUCCCCUAAAAAGGAGGAAGAGGUGGCCAGUGAGUGGACUCCUCAUGUAGUACAUGAUAUGCUGAUUGUUUUUCCCUCUUGGAGGGAAAACUAUAUAGAGCCACUGGAUGAGGAUUCUUCUUUUAAUUCCCCUGAGCCACUGGAUGACGGCGUGUUUUUGAAACGUCACUCAAAGCUGGAGUUGGAUGAGAAGAGGAGGAAAAGAUGGGACAUCCAGCGGAUCAGAGAGCAGCGCAUGUUCCAGCGUUUGCAGCAGCGUAUGAACAGGAAGAAAGUCGUCCAGGAGACUGAGCCUGAGCUCUCGUCCUUCUAUCCUGACACGGAAGAUGUUGAAACUAUUGUGAUCACUCCCUUCUUGCCUGUGGUUGCAUUUGGCCGGCCACUGCCCAAACUCUCACAACAGAACUUUGAGCUGCCUUGGCUGGAUGACCGAAGCCGAUGCCGCAUCGAGGUGCCCAAAAAACACACACCUCACCGGACCUGUCGGAAGUGAAGCUCAUAACAACGAGAGCUUCUGCUCCACGCCUGCAUUAGAAAAUGCUACAUUUGUCUUGUCUGGGGAGGUUGGGUUGGACGUAUCGGUCAUCACUGUUAAUAACUGCUGUUGCUUUCAGUCUGAAGGGCAGUGAAUAAUCCAUUCUUUACAUGUCACCACAGACCAGCUGAUCUCCUGCAGAAAUAUUGGGAGAUGGAGACACUAGAUGUUGCAAGAUUACAGUUCCCAUGCUAGCAGCUGUUCUGUGCAUGUUCUGUAACACGUUUGAGAUGUGUUUUGUUCAAGCUGUCCCAUUCAGGUUUUUAUCACAACAAACAUGGAGUUCUUCUCAGUUUUUAUGGUUACUGUUUUGAUGGGAUAAACUGGGAGCUAUAAUCUUGAGUAUGUGGAGGAAAUACUUGUCGCUAUUUAGACUCAAAAUGGAGCUUGACCAGUUCGCCACAAGCAAUACAGCUCCAUCCUCAUGCUGCGUGUACUUUUACCACAUUAAAUCUUCCUGCUUAAGAAGAUAAAAUCUAAAAAAUCUUGACUUAUCGUGCUGUGUAUCGCCUAUUAUUGUUAACACACAAAUUUAUCAAAAUGAUAUCAGUGUACUGUGUGAUAUUGGGAGUUUUGAGCCAGCAUGAUUACAUAUAUUUAAAAAAAAAAGUCAUAUUUCUGAAGCCAAUCCAGUGUAAAGAAACAUUUGGUCAGGAGCUAAGCAGUGGUUCUUUGUUGUCAGAGGGGUUUUUUUCAUCAAAAAUAAGACAGGUGGUAAUUUUGGCUUUAAAUUCAGUGAUUCUGUUCCCUUUUUUGUUCCUGUUACUUUCUGUUUUAUGUGAGUUGCAUGGACUAUUUUCCUGUUGCAAAAAUAAGAUUGUAGCAUGGCUUGAUCCCAGAAUGGAGGAUAAUCUCUGCUCAUUGGGCUACUAAAACUACAAAAUGUUGUUCUUGAAAGCAUGAAGUUUUGCUGCUCUGUUCAACAAGAACUGCAGCCUGAACAUUCUCGUCAUAAAGUGAUUUUUCUGUGUUUCCAAUCUUAACAAUAUGCUUACCUCCAGUGAAUAUUAGGCAAGUUAUGUGUAUGCGCUGGCCUCUUGAGUUGACUGAUGUUCAAGGGAGCAAUUUUUGAUGACUAAUAAGCUUUUUAGCUGUAGUUAUAGCAACGUUUGCCGGUAUGUUCUCUAACAUGCUGCACGUUAAUCUCUCCCUUCUGAACUAAUCUCGAUCACAAUCGCUGUGAUUGAUCUCUGCAGACGUUUCUUCCUCGCUGCGUAUGCUCAACCUGUUCUGCGUAUGAUGCAACGGCUUUCUGCAGCUUCAAAACUUCGACUGCCAGGCUUUUUGUUGAGGCAGCUUGAAUAGUUCAUUUUCUUCACCUUGGUUUUCCAUGUACAUAGCUUUCAGAAACAAAUGUACAUAAAACAUGGCUGUUAUUUUUUUAUUAUUUAAUGUUGACAGUGUUGAGUACAUUCAAUAUUGUUCUAUGAUUGUAUGUUGAUAAAAUGACAGUUUUGAAAGUUACAUUUUUUUGGGGAAUAAAACAAUAUCUCUAUGA